CAAGUAAUUCAAAAUCUGAAGCUACUUCAUUAAUAAAAAAUCAUAAAGAAAUAGACAUUGUUGAUUUGGAUGUUCAUAAUCAAGAAAAUUUGAGUAAAGUAAUUCAAGGAUCAGAUGUCGUCGUUAGUUUUAUUCCAGCAUUUUUACAUCAUAUAGUGGCAGAGGCUUGUAUAAAGCACAAAAAAAACAUGGUAACAGCUAGCUAUAUAUCUCCAGCAAUGAGAGAGUUAGACAAUAAGGCUAAACAAGCAGAAAUUAUUAUCCUCAAUGAAAUAGGAGUUGAUCCAGGAAUUGAUCAUUUAUCGGCAAUGAAAAUUAUUGACGAAGUAAAAGCAGAGG